UAGUUCCCCGCAGUGAUCCCGCUCAUGUCCGUGUUUACAAUCGAAGCGUGACGUGCAGGGACUCGGAAGAAUACGUCCUCCAACGUAACGUUGACUAGAAGCUUUCAAAUUUACAUUUUUUUUUAAACGGUGAAAAUGUUGUCGCUGAGAGCUUUUCUCAACGACAGAUUGAUGGUGGCGGCAGACGAAAUAUUUGAGGCUGUUGAAAAGACAUUAGUCGAGUACAAAGAGGAGAUUUAUCGCUCCAAAGAUCUGGAAAUCAGUCGUCUCAGGAUGCAGCUGAAGCUCCUCAAGUCAGAGCCCAGGCUGGAGAGAUGCAUUGAAGCCCAGCUGCAGCAGCACACCCAUCACCACCAUCAUCCUCCUCCCCCUCCUCCACCUCAGGAUCAUCACUCAGUCCCUGCGGCGGAGGAGUCCCAGCACUGUGACGAAGAAGAAGAAGAGGGCGCUAGCAUGGAGCAGGAGCACCUGGAGCCCUCACAGGUGAAGAAGGAGCAUCAGAAGAGCCACGGGGAUUUCUGGAUGGGACAAGACGCGGCAGAGCAGCUCGAAAGCCUUGAAUCGGACAUCAAAGACUUCAUCUCAUCCCCCUCCAGCCUCAGAAAUAGUCUGCACGACUCCGUGUUGCCCUUCCAUCCAAACAUGAACAACAUAAACAACAACAGCAGCAGCGGUGAGGAGGGCAAAGAGAAGCCCUACUGCUGCUCCGUGUGUGAGAAGCGCUUCAGUAACUGCUCCCACCUCGCAGCUCACAUCAGGACACACACAGGAGAGAGGCCGUACAUGUGCGAAAUAUGCAGAAAGACUUUUAUCACAACAAGCGCCCUGAACAGACACCAGACGAUACACACUGAAGGCAAACACUUUGUCUGUAAUUGUUGUGGGAAGUCCUUUAAAUGGAUGGAGUCUCUCGGCAGGCACAUACGAAGUGUGCACAAGAGAGAAAACAUUCCUGAGUGAAUCUUUAAAUUACAAUGAUGUCCAAUAGAUAUACACAUGUGUACUGUGGGCCUAUGACUUUUAUUUAAUAGUGGAGGGGACAUAAUGUAAUGUCUGUUUUCUGUGUUUAGGUUUGGUAAAUGUGCAUGGACCUCAUGUAGCCUUGUGGGUAGAAUCAUUGGCUGCAGUUAAUAUGUGUAAAAAUACAUUCUCAUGGGUUUCAUUUUAUUUUAAAAAUGAAGAUCAAUGUAUUGUCUAAAGAAUAAAAUGUGAGUAUUUGAUUUUU